UUGCCAUACAACUCUAAUUAGACAGUAAAAAUGGCGACGAAAAAUGAAUGGGUCUAUGAUGAACUCAUCUGUUUCUUACAGCACCCACUGUUCCAGCUCCCUCUUGGGGAGUUUAUGGACAAGUUCUGCAUCAUUUUUGACCCAACAAUGAAAGUGGAGGCUGCGCAUCGUGAAGCUCACGAAGCCUACAAGAGAUUGGUGACUGGCCUGCUAGAAGGGUUCAGAGAGGACGCAAAGCUGACACAUGAACAGAUCAUAUCAGCACUCUCAGAGAUGAACAAGAAAGAUGACCUUAGAGUUAUGUUUCAGUACAUAUUUGAAGAAGUGCUUGCAUCGGAGAGUUUUGACAUCUUCUCACGAUUGAUGGUCCAGCGUAAUAUCGAGCUCCAACAGCAAGCCUUGAUCCUUGUUAUUCAGUGCACAGGGGGUCUUUCCGAGGCCUUCCAGCCCGAUGCUCCAGUUACGUCUGAACAGAACAAGAGCGAAGAAGAUGUAGUGAAAAAUGUAUUAAAAGAGGCUAAUAAGAAAUCCAAGGAGAGUGAAGCUCAAGCUCAGAAAGAGGCUGAUAAACAGAAGCAGGAAGAUGAAGAGAUUAGACGAGCGAUUGAACUGUCUAAAGCAGAACAAAGUCGCCUUCAGGAGCAAAAGGAAACUGAACAAGUCAAAAUGGAAAAGGCAAUACAUAACCUAGCAAUAAGUGAUCCACCAAAAACAACGAAAUCAAAGUCACCUGAACCAGCACCUGUGAAAACAGCACCCGUGAAAGCAGCACCCAUGAAAGCACCACCACCACAAGUGGCACCUGUUAAGUCUACGCCUUCAAACAGUCUCCCUAGUAUAAACCAAGGGAAAUCUGUUAGUAAUGCAGACGCAGCAGCUAAUUGGCUGGCUAGUGCCCAAGCUGAGGCCUCGACGGGACAGUCGAGUAUAGUCAACAGCAUGGGGGCCAACUUCAGUGGAUUGUCGAAAGAGGAACUCGUGCGACGACAAGAAUUUUUGAAACAACAAAGAGAUAAACUUUUAGAGAUGAAGAAAACAGAGCGAGAAAAACAACUUAAAUCUUUAGAAAAAACAACCCCUCAACGACCACGAUCAGCCCGAGUUGCACGAUCUGCAAUAUCAUCUACCGCAGCUCCAUCUAUGCCAUCGAAACAGGAAGACAAUAAAUCAAUGGCAAUGCGGCAAGCAAUUGCAGAUAGACUAAAGCAGGAAGUUAUUGGAAAGAAAUAAUAACAAAUUCAUACAGUGCACAGGUGGAAAAUUGCAUUAUGUACAUGUUAUUAUAUCUAUGCGACUUGGAAAGAUGAUUAUUAUACAUGGCUCAUGGAAUAUAUGAAAAAUUAAGACUAGCAAAACAUUGUACACAUAGAUAUACCAGUUCAGUAUAAGUCAACAGCAUAUCAUAGUUGACAGCACAAUUUGCCCUUGUUGAUUAUGCCAUGUGUUUCAAUAUGCCCUUGUCUAGGGCAUAUUGGACAACCUAAUAAUAAAGUUCUAGUGGAUAGAUUCUAAUAGGUUGGCCAAUAUGCCCCCAAAUGAGGCCCUAUAGAUAGGACAAUAUGCCCUCAUUUGGUGGCUUGUUAAAUAGGGUUUGAAACUUGAAGGGAGGGCAAGGGGCCAAGCUGAAAUUUCACAAAUGCUACAUUUAGUAGAUGUUAAAAUUUUGGUUUCUUAUUUAGGAGUUAUAAGAGAGGACUUAGUGAUCAUCGUAUGAUCUGUAAAAUGAAGC